AUGCCGGUUUGCGGCGGUCGGUACGCUCUGAGUACUCAGUCGCAAUCCCAAGGGUGUCUGCAGCAAGUAGAACGGCAAGCCGUUCAAACAACGAAACCGAGGACUACUGAAACAGUGAGGGCGGCGGCGACGACCGACGAGGAGAAGGAGGAGGAGACGACGGCUUCGCCGUCUGGUGGCAUGCAAACACGUGCCAGUCACUCAGUGAAAGAGCAGUUUCGAUGA